CGGCGCUCGCUACCCUUUGGCGCACGGGGCGGGGGAGCGGGCGCGCACCACCUGAGGGAACGGCGGCCGCGGGCAGCGAACGGCAGCGGGAAGCCGCUGCCGCCCUUCCUUGUCAGGCUUUCGCUGCCGUUUCCCUCUUCCGCCAAGGAGGCUCUGGGGCCGGUUCCCUCCUGGGGCUGCGCGGCCUUCGGGUAGUCCCGAGGCCCAGUUCGGCCCCGCUGUCGCACCCGGAUUUGCAGCCCCGCGCCGGCUGUUGCUCCCGGGGCGGGCCGGAUUCUGCAGCGCGCAACUGCCCGUCCGGGUGCGCUGCCCAAAGGGCGAGAUUUGCGGCGUGAGUACGCUGUGCUAGCAUGGCCGAGGAGCGGAGGAGAGAGGUGGCAUCCGAGCAAUCAAGUCAGGAGGCUUUUAGGAUAGAAUUUGAUACCUUUGGUGAACUGAAGGUCCCAAGUGACAAAUACUAUGGUGCCCAAACUGUAAGAUCUACAAUGAACUUCAAGAUUGGAGGUGUUUCAGAAAGGAUGCCAGUUCAAGUUAUAAGGGCUUUUGGCAUCUUGAAGAGGGCAGCUGCUGAAGUAAAUCAAGAUUACGGUCUUGACCCAAAGAUUGCUAAUGCUAUCGUGAAGGCAGCUAAUGAGGUAGCUGAAGGAAAAUUAAAUGAUCAUUUUCCGUUGGUGGUGUGGCAGACUGGCUCUGGAACUCAAACCAAUAUGAAUGUCAAUGAAGUCAUCAGCAAUAGAGCCAUUGAGAUAAUGGGAGGCACACUGGGAAGCAAAAAACCAGUGCAUCCGAAUGAUCAUGUUAACAAAAGCCAGAGUUCAAAUGACACUUUCCCAACAGCAAUGCAUAUUGCUGCUGCCCAGGAGGUUAAUGAGGUGUUGUUACCUGGACUAAAGAAGCUACAGAAUGCACUGGAAGCGAAAUCCAAAGAGUUUUCCCAGAUCAUAAAAAUAGGACGCACUCACACACAAGAUGCUGUUCCACUUACGCUUGGACAGGAAUUUAGUGGCUAUGUGCAACAAAUUAAAUAUGGUGUGGCUAGGAUUGAGUCAACCAUGCCAAGAGUGUAUCAGCUGGCAGCUGGCGGGACUGCAGUUGGUACAGGACUAAACACAAGGAUUGGUUUUGCUGAGAAAGUUGCUGCUAAAGUAGCUGAACUGACGGGUUUGCCUUUUGUCACUGCUCCAAAUAAGUUUGAAGCUCUUGCGGCUCAUGAUGCUCUGGUUGAACUCAGCGGAGCUAUGAACACAGUGGCAUGUAGUCUGAUGAAAAUAGCUAAUGAUAUUCGUUUCCUGGGUUCUGGACCACGUUCUGGACUAGGAGAACUCAUCCUGCCUGAAAAUGAACCAGGAAGCAGCAUCAUGCCAGGAAAAGUGAACCCUACCCAGUGUGAAGCUGUAACCAUGGUGGCAGCUCAAGUUAUGGGAAACCAUGUUGCUGUUACUGUAGGAGGUAGCAACGGACACUUUGAACUGAAUGUUUUUAAGCCCAUGAUGAUUAAGAACGUUUUAAACUCUGCAAGACUUCUCGGAGAUGUUUGUGUGUCUUUUACGGACAACUGUGUAGUUGGAAUCCAAGCUAAUACAGACAGGAUCAACAAACUGAUGAAUGAAUCUCUGAUGCUGGUAACAGCACUGAACCCACAUAUAGGAUAUGAUAAAGCAGCUAAGAUUGCCAAAACUGCACACAAAGAAGGGACGACGUUAAAAGAAGCUGCUAUAAAGCUGGGAUUCCUCACAUCAGACCAGUUUGAUCAGUGGGUGAAGCCUAAAGAUAUGUUAGGUCCUCAGUAACAUCUGUACAAAAAAAGACUGCAAACCCCACGUGUUCUUAACACAAAAAUAAAUGAAAUAAACCAA